CACAACAAAAGAUGGAACUCAAUAUUCCCCAAAGCGGAUGCAUGGCUGAUCAGGUGGCCGUGGUCAUGGUCCCGCUUCCGGCACAGGGCAAUCUCAACCUCCUCCUCCACCUCUCCCGCCUUGUCGCCUCCUACGACAUCCCCGUAUAUUACACCGGAGCCGCCACCCACAUCCGCCAGGCCAAGCUCAGAGUCCAGGGAUGGGACCCCCACUCUGUUCCCAAACUCCAUUUCCAUGAAUUCCCCACACCUUCAUUCGACUCCCCUGAUCCUGACCCCAAGGUCCGGCCACCGACGCAGCUACUGCCAUCAUUCCGCGCGGCCUUACUCCUCCGCGAACCCCUCCGUGAUUUCUUGGAAGAACUCUCCAAGAAAACAGGGAGGGUCGUCGUGAUUUAUGAUUAUUGGAUGUCUUGGAAUGUUCAGGAUAUCCCGAACAUUCCAAAGGCAGAGUCUUAUGCCUUCCGAAGCACUUCUGCUUUCUCCGUUUACUCCUUCAACCGGGAGAUGAUGCCGAUUUCACCAUUGCCUCCUGAAGCAGAAAUAGUCAGCCAACUUCCAGUUACUGAGACAUUUAGUAGUGAUGAAUUUGGUGAACUUGAUAGGCUGCAUAUUGAAGCUGAGAAGUUCAACUCUGGAACCAUUUUCAAUAGUUGCAGGGUGAUUGAAGGAACGUUUCUUGACUUGGUCGCUAAAGCUCCACUGAUGGGGAAGCAAUGGGCCGUUGGACCAUUUAAUCCUAUUGAGAGUUGUGACAGGAAAGAGAGACACAAAUGCCUGGCGUGGCUUGACGCACAACAGGAGAGCUCUGUGAUUUUCGUUUCAUUCGGCUCAACGGUUUCAUUUUCAAAGGAACAGACCGAUCAGAUCGCAUUCGGAUUGGCCCAAAGCGGGCGGAGGUUCAUCUGGGCUCUGAGAGAGGCCGACAAAGGAGACGUCUUCGCCGGAGACGAAAACAGAGUCGAACUGCCGGAAGGAUACGAGGAAGGGAUCGAGGGGAGAGGAAUGGUGGUGAGGGAUUGGGCGCCGCAGCUGGAGAUUCUCGCCCACAAAUCCACCGGCGGGUUCAUGAGCCACUGCGGGUGGAAUUCGUGUAUGGAAGCCAUUUCCAUGGGCGUGCCCGUCGCCGCCUGGCCGGUGCACUCUGAUCAGCCCCGGAACGCGAUGCUUGUUACCAAGAUUCUUGAAAUUGGCGUGGAGGUAGACGACUGUGCCAACCCAGAAGUGAUGAUUAGCUCUCACAGAAUCGCCGAAGUCGUUGGGAAAUUGAUGGGUUCUACUGAGGGAGAGAAGAUGAGGGAAAGGGCUCAAGAACUGAGCCGCGCGGUCAAGCUUUCUGUAAUGGAAGGAGGCAAUAGUCGUCUACAAAUGGAUUCUUUCAUUGCUCAUAUAAGUCGAUAGAGAAUUUACAACAUUCACAUUGCUACAUUGCUUCAAAUGAAAAUGAACUGAACAAAUAAAAUGAGCAUUACC